CUGAUUUUCAAUAACCUGUCGCGAUACCACAAUCCCUUGCUUAUCCCAUGGACCUUGACUGUUAGCCAGAUCGUUGCAGGGGACAUAUAUGACAUUUUAAACUUCUUUAUCGACCGUGCAGCCGGAGGCAAAAUCCAGCACGUGGGGACCCCUUUCGGUCCCCCGAAGCGAAGCGUGCCCGAAGGGCCUUGCGUGAUUCGCGCAAAGCAUGGAAAGCAAAGCGACCAUUUCGAUUCAGGAUGGAACUGCGGUGUGCCGGGGCCUACUCUGAGGCCUGGUAGGUAGGCAAGUCGGCACGGAUGGCUGGCUGGCUUGCUUGGAGGAGUUGCAGGAGAGUGCCAUGGUAGAGGGGCUUCCCUGGCUGCUGCCGCUUGCGGGCACGAACCGCGCUACCGCCGUCAGCAGGCAGUCUUAUUACGCCCGCACUCAACUACGCGAACUAAGUACUCUUCUUAGGCCGGCCACACAUCGAAUAACAAUCGCGUGGUCUAGCUUACGCGUGAAUUCGGUUCAUACAUCAAACGGUGUUCGUUCUCCAUUGAAAAUCUUGGAUCUUUUCUAUAUCUCUUGGCGUACAACAUUUUUUGUAUGUUCGAUCCAGCGGUUCGGUUCCAGCGACGACUCUCAUUUUCGAAUCGACGAAAAUAAUUUUAAAAUCAGUUAGCGAAUCGAGUCGGGAGGCGGCGAGAAACCCUCGAGUUCGAUUAAUCGGCGAGGACCUGCUGCCCGGUCAGAGGUCGCCGCGGCGAAUCGAACGUGCAUUAUUUUGCUACUCUCGAUCGUUGACGUGCACGGAGAUGUGGUGGUCAGUGUGAAGACUGCUUAAUAGCGAGGAACAUGUGCAACCACGGAAUAGUGGCGAAGCUGAUGUUGCCGGGGCACGAGCUACACUGUGACCACUCUGUUCUCGACGAACCCUGACCGAUUCCACCAGUUCGUUUCACCAGCUGACUGGGACUGAAAACACGCUGCGGUGAACGCGUACGUUUGAAUAUUCGUACGGUCGAAUUCGUGAGACGCGCGCGUUCGGAGAAAUCGGUAAAAGUGUCGCCUUGAGUUAACGCGUAUGGUGUAUAGACCGAGUUUCUUUAAGAAGAAGCGGUGUGUUCACAAAAUUAUACGUUUUCACGUACAUUCGGUACGCUAUGAACAUCAACGUUCCUGGAUGUAACGGGUGGUUCGCAAGUAGACGAUCAGCGACAAACUAGAGGAUGUUCGCCAGGCUCUGCAGGCAGGCUCCAAAUGGGGACCUGAAGAGGCGACACUCUUGGAGCAGUGAGGUCGACUACCAGCCGGCGGAAACGGAAGCCGUAGCGACACCGGGAGGAGAUCCCGCUGCCCCAUCCUCGGACGAGGAGGACAGAGGCUCGUACAAGGAACAUGGCUGUUCGGUGCAGACGGUGGACCUGGUGGCGGACUGUCCUUUACAGGUAGUGACACCCUCGUCGAGGUCGCCGUCACCGCCCAGAUCGCCGACGCCCGCGACGCCCUCGACGCCCUUCGUACCUCCGAGGAGCAUGGGGCAACGGCCAAGCACCCUGUUGCGCCCCAAAAUCUCUUUGACCUGGGUGCUACGCGGGCAACAGCAACCUGCGUCCAACAACAGUCAUUCUACCGCCAAUGGGAACGCAGGUGGGAACGGCGAUCGAGAGGGCUUGUCACGAGACAGUAAGGAAAGGUCCUCGAAGAGGAGUGUGAAAAGCGUGAAAGAAAAAGAUGGUUGUAAGGAGAAUGUCGACACGGAGAAGCGAGAAAAGAAAGUCCUGCAUAGAAUAGAGAAGAUCGAGAGGACGGAGAAGGUGGAAGUUCAAGAAAAGCCUAUCGGCAAGGAGGCACUGGCCAAUGAGAGAUCGUUGGACAGUCCUCUGGAGAAGCAGUCAGAAAAGGAAUUUUCAGGGCUAAAGGAGGCGAAGGAGAAGGAGAAAGUUAAAAGGGCAGUGUCCGAACCAUCUCUCGUAUCUCGUGAGUCAACGUCCACGCCUAGUGGCCGAGAGAAACACAGACAUCGAAGAACCAAACGGUCCCACAAGCCCAGACCUCCGAGCAGAUUUGGCUACGAAAUCGCCGAUCUUGAUGCGUAUCUCACCAAAGCCUCUAUAGAGAAACCUGCCAAUAUUCCCGUGGUCCUCUCGUUUCCAUCUGUCCUGUACCAGACUCAAGGUGGUACUCAAGACGAGAUGGCUCUCCCUCUUGGAACAGUGGUGAAUGCUGUAUUCAAGAACCAAACCUGGCUAUACGUUCAAACUCCACACGGCCAGGAAGGAUACGUCGGGUACGCAGCUUGUCUACCAUUGGGGAUAUUACCGCAACCAACCAGAGGACCAUGUUGGGAGGACUCGACAGACGUAUUUCCUCGUCCCUUAGGUAACAUGACUGAUACGGAAAAGCUCAGAGAUACAAGAUCAGAGUGCGGAGCUCGAGGUAGAAAUCCAAGGGUAAAACGAGGUUCUAGAGAUGCAGUAUCAGCCUGCGGAGAACGCAGUGUCGACAGAUUGUACCUCAGGGCCGCGGCGAACGCUAGAACCAAAGGAUCUCGACAUACUUUACUCGUCAUACGUAGUGAUUAUGAGGGUCAAGGUGGGAACGCUUUGAGCGUCUCCAAGGGUGACGUUGUUGCACUACUUAGCGAUCACGUCAGUGAUUGGUUCUGGGUCCGUUCGCGAGACGGCAGAGAGGGCUUUAUCCCUGCGGUGAUAGCAGGUCAUGGUUUCCUAUGACUCUUACGUUGCUGUUGUUUGUCUAAAAUUAGUUGCUCGUUCAAUACCAUUCGAAAAUAAAUUAUCAUUGUAUU